CAUGAACUCUUCGAUUGCUAACGAGGGGCCGGGUGAGGAGACACUAAUUGAGAGGGCUCGUUUAGAAAUGCUUAAAAGAUUGGCAAGUUCAACAGUAUUUGUAAGGAACCAACAACGAAACGAAGAACCGUUAACAGACCAAGAAAGAUUCGAAAUUCUUUCCGACAUUCUGUCUGCCAAACCAGGGUUAUUUAUAGAGCGUUACCACGGUGACUUAAUUCAAGAGGAUCUCUUGGUGUUUGAUAAAUUAAAGGAAAGGAACACUUUAGUAUCCUAUUACUUUGAUCAACUUUGUAAGAAAUUUAACAAGCAGACUAUAACGCUGCCUAAAGUGAACGUAGUUACAAAAAAAAAUCGUCGAUAUAUAGCCUUACAACGACUUAUUAAGGAAGGGGAUUAUUUCUCGGAAGAAGAAAUGAAAUCGCGAGCACCUCGCUUAUAUGAGGAACUCAUUGGUCAAUAUUUGACUGACAACGAAGCUUGCGAAAAAUCUCAGCAAUUAAAUUCCGUUCAAAACCUUUCGACUUUGUUAUUAAAGCAAAUGGAUUAUCAAAGAGAGCGGCAGGAAAGGGACGCUUAUGAAAGUGAGGAAGAAUCGGAAAAAGAAGACAAUGCAAGCGUCUGUUCGGACGAAAGUGAACUCAACGAUGAACCGGAAAGGAAAAGCAAAAAAAUUAUAAGUCUAGAAGAAAAAUUGCAGUUAAGAGAAGAAUUUUAUAAACGGAUGCAGGAGAGUUUCUUAAGUGGAAAUGAUAAAAAUGUAGAUUAUCUGAAAAUCGAUAAUGACGCUGCAAAUGACUGUAUGAACCAAUUAGAAAUGGAUGAACAAGACAAGUACUUUGACGAUGAAACACCUGAAACAGUGAACAAUUAUUAG